AUGCCGCACUCCAUGGACACCACACUCUUCAGCGAUGAAAAUCGCAUUGAUCGCGGUGAUUCCCUUCUUUUCCAUUGCGUGCAGCUCUCGCAGGGUGGGACGGACUCACAUCGCUAUUUCUUUGGGUGUUAUUUCCCGCGCUGGCGUGGCUUCUACAUGGAUGAGGCGCGUGAACUUCCUGGCCCGCUUGGUUAUAAUGUCACGCGGCACUUCCCCGCUUUCCCUUUUGAUGUGUAUUUGAAGGAUGAUGGGGAACACUUUCUCACUGAUGACUUCCAGAUAGGCUCCAUCUUUACUCUUGGUGGUCCCUUAAAUCAGCGUGAUGAUGGGCAGAAACGCUACAAAGUGGUGCACUGCGAUGACAGCCAAUUACGCACACGCACUGGGAAGACACUUGCAUUCAUUGGAAAUAAUGUAUCAGGUUUACUCCAACAGACACACCGAGUGUCAGGGGAGGCGAUUGAUGCGUUGAAACGCAUCAGAGAGGCGUAUAUUUUCAAUGUCGGAAACGGGAUCCCAGAGGUAGGCAUUAAAGCUAUGGGAAGGCACUUCCGUAAGGUGGGAAGUGAUGGAAGGCGGUGGAUGUCAUAUGAAGGUAUUGUGAGGUUCGUAAAGGAUUCACGUAAUUUCAAUGCAACACUUUCUUUUUCUGAUACACAGCGAACGGAAGAGGAUGUAAAUACCGUUGCAACAUGUAUUUAUAACGCAUUCCCCAAAAACGAAGAAGAAUGUAUUGACUAUGACUUCUUUAUGGAUUACGUUCGCGGUCCAAUGAGCCAGGAGCGGAAAGAUGCUGUGUGGAAUAUAUUCCGUCGGAUGGACUAUGACAGGGACGGAAACUUAAACAUCAUAGACAUCCAAGCCUGCUACAAUACGCAGGACCAUCCGACUUGUUCCGUAGAUCAUCUGUUUCAGUCAGAUAAAAUGCUGAAGGGGUUUCUGACUAUCUGGGAUGAAAAUGAGCGAUGCGGUUUGGUUCCUUAUGCAGAGUUUUUAGACUACUACAACGGUGUGAGUGCUGUACUCGAGGACGAUAAAGUUUUUUUCGACGUUCUCAAUAAUCAAUGGAAACUUUUGUAA